UUUAUUUCACUGCGCCUGACGGGGGAGGGGGCUGGGCGAGCAAACAACGCAGGUCGGAGCCGUAACUUCUAUUGUGAGUUCGCUGUAUAUAUAACGACGCAGCCCGUAGUCGUGACUUCUACUGUGAGUGCGCUGUAUAUAUAACGACGCAGCCCGGGCGCAAGGCACAACAAACGUUCGCUGCUCAACACCACCGAGGAAUCCACGCACUCAAACAAAAGCCACCACCACCACCAUCAUCAACCACCAGCUCGGGCAGUAUCUCCGGAGCGAAUUGAUUCGCUUCAACCUCUGCAGGCCACCGUCUAUUCGCCGAGUCGCAUCUUCGUCACCAGGGCCAUGAGCGCUGUGCUCCCGCGGGGCGAGGACGACGUCCCCGACGGUCUGGGCGGCCGCCAGGUGUACACGCGCAUCCGUGCCGACUGCCUGCGUCUGCGCCGCCUCUUCACGGACGAUCUCUUCCCGCCCGAGGCGACGUCUCUGGGCUACGCCGAGCUCGGGGCCGGCUCCAAGCUCGCGCGCGCCGUCGUCUGGAGGAGGCCGCACGAGAUAUGCAAGAACCCACAGUUCAUCGUUGACGAUGCAAGCAGAUUUGACCUUUGUCAAGGCGAAGUUGGGGAUUGCUGGUUCUUGGCUGCCCUGGCGUCAGUGACCCUACACCCGCGCCUGCUGGAGAGGGUCUUGCCCAGCCAGCAGUCGUUCAGCGCCGUGGACGGCUACGCGGGCAUCUUCCGAUUUCGCUUCUGGCAGUACGGCAAGUGGGUGGAGGUUGUGAUUGACGACCGACUGCCGACAGUCAACGGGAAGCUGCUGUUCGUCCACUCGCAAUCUUCCAACGAGUUCUGGAGCGCCCUGCUCGAGAAAGCCUACGCCAAGCUGUGCGGCUCCUACGAGGCGAUGCGCGGGGGGAUGCUGACCGAGGCCUUCAUGGACUUCACGGGGGGCCUCACGGAGCGGCGGCCCGUCGGCCGCGACGAGGAGGACCGGCCGGACGGCAGUGUCGCCGCCUUCCGCGGCCUGUGGGACUACAUGCGCAUGGCCCAGGAGGCCGGCUCUCUCAUGGGGGCCUCCACCUACCACCCCGUCGAGGGCCCCGGCCGCGGGAAGGGCCCGAGGGCCACGCCGGGGUUGUCGGGACGCGUCCGGGGCCGCUCGUGGUUGGAGAAGGGCGCGCUUGGCGCGAGCGGCCCGGCGGCGCUGGGCCUGUGCUGCGGUGGAGUGGCGAGCGGCCUGAGCUUCCCGAAGCGUCCCGAGGUGGAGACGAAGGACGGCAUCGUGCUGGGACACGCGUACUCCGUGACGGGCGUGGAGAAGGUCAUUUACCGUGGCCAAUCCGUGGAACUCGUCCGAUUGAGAAACCCUUGGGGCUGCGUCGAGUGGUCAGGAGACUGGAGUGACAGGGCCCCGCAGUGGAACGAGGUGGACCCACGCGUCGUGCAGCGCAUGCGCAACGCUCUGGAGGACGGCGAAUUCUGGAUGUACAUGGGCCACUUCCGCAAGAACUUCCACACGCUGGACAUGUGCCACCUGACGGCCGACGACCUGGCCGAGGGCCAGCGCCACCGCUGGGCCGUCGCCACGCACGCCGGCGAAUGGAGGAGGGGCCAUUCGGCCGGCGGCACCUGCCAGUACCAAGACACGUACCGCACGAACCCGCAGUACCGCGUGCGGAUCCUGGCUCGGGAAGGCGGGGAGGUGCUCCUGACACUGCUACAAAAACCACGUGACAUGCAGCGCAACCGCCAACCGCUCCUCUCCAUCGGCUUCCUCAUCCACCAGAUUCCAAAAAACUUGCGGGACUCCUCCUGGCUGCCGCAGGAGGCCCUGACGGCAGCGAGCUCCGUGGGGGGCACGGCAACGUGGAGCAACCUGCGCGAGGUCGGGGGUCGCUUCCACCUGCCGUACGGCGACUACGUCGUCGUGCCGUGCACGUUCCAGCCGAAUGACGAGGCCGAGUUCAUCCUCCGCAUCUUUGCUCAGCGCGACGGCCUGCACUCCGAGGAAAUGGGAAGAGAAAGCAACGCCACUGUCCAGCCACGCUCUGUCCCCAAGGCGCCGGAGCCAAUGGAGGACGGCACGCGGAGGUGGUGCCGAGACAUCUUCCAGAAGUACACGGCCCCUAACAAAGGAAUACUGGAUCCCUUCGUCCUGCAGAAUCUACUGACCAAGCUAGUUUCUACCCGAGUGGAGCUGGGAACGGCAUCCUUCAGCCUGGAGGGCAGUCGUCGCAUUGUGGGACUCAAGGGCCACAAUGGCCAGCUUGGUCUCCAGGAGUUCACCGUCUUCUGGACGAAGUUGAAGGACUGGACCAACAUCUUUGUGCAGUCGUCCCAGGAGGUGCGCGGCUCGCUGAGCCCCACGGAACUGAGCUCGGCCCUCCAAGCCGUUGGUCGUGCGCAAUCGCCCGAGUCCGUGCGCGCCAUCACCGCGCGCUACGCGGACGCCCGUGGCCGCCUUGGCUUCGAGGAGUACGUGUGCUGCCUGUCCACCCUGACUGCUACUUCAGAUGCGUUCGGCGCCUUUUACUCAAGCGGCAAGGCGACGGCGAACGGCGUGCUGCUCUCCGAGACCGAGCUUCUAAGGCUGAUGCUGUGCUGCUAAGAAGAGGUGCGGACGUGUGGGGAAGACGCGCGGAGAAUCCGGGGGUUCUGUGGGCCGGUGGGGGCAUGUUGUGGGGUUGUUAUUUUUUUUUAUUAACGAGAUGUUGAGGAUAAUGUGAACGCAGGCGUGAAUCGCUCGCGUUGCAACACGCACACACAGAUCGCUACUGCUGCGCUAGCUUGUUCAUUUUAAACUUCAGGAAUAUUUUUUUACAUGAAUCAUAGAAUUUAUUGCUCACGCCUUGCACCGAUUGUGCGUGAUCAUCACAAUGGGGCCACCUGCGUGUUUGCAUUUUUUCAGUAAAACUGGAUUGUUUCUGAUCACGACAUGAUCUAAACAAAGUUAACUUAUUUAUUACAUUCACAUCAACUGGUGGUGUCAUUAUUUAUAAUUUUUACUCUUAUGUAUUUAAUGUUUGCAAUAUAUUUAUAAAUGUUCGAGAUUCAUGUUGGAGGUUGCAUGCAAUCGCAAGUUGGAUUAAACGUUACUACUUUUAAACACUUUCCUGUAUGAAUGUAAAAUAAACGAAGGAAUCGACA